CUUUAACACCCCCACAGGCUCGAGAUUACCUUCUCAAUACUUUGCGAAGCCAACAGUACUUUAGCUUGUGUCGUACCAUUGGCCUUGCAGCAAUACGAUUUAUCAACUGUGCAGUCGUGUGCAGAGGCUACUUGACGUAUUAUUACACUCGGUGGUGUCUGUUAGCAAACGUAACAUCAAGCUCUUACCCAAACGACCAUCUAGAACCCCAGUUGUUCGACUACUCGCUAGCCUCAGCUUUGUGCAAUGUUUGACGAAAGUCAACCACCCUCUCCCAACCAGCCCGUUGUGGCGUUAGCACCUCUGGAACCCGAAUGGCAGCCAAUCUUCCAGGCCUCGAAUCAGAUCGUUUUGUAUAAUCCAACAUCGCAUGCUCUAUCUAUAACAAAGUCUUCUGGCCCAACAGAUCUUUCAAGCACGUCACUGUGUCCCUACUGCCAUCGCCUUCUUCCUAGUGGAUUCGACAGAAAUGGUUCUUCCGAGAAUAUUCGGUCUGAUUCCGGGUCGCAUUCCCGAGCUUCAAACUACUUCCAGCUUCUUGCUGCCGCAAAUCAGACGUCCUCAAGGCCGUCCAGUCCCCCACUUACGAGUGGUACUGGGAGCCGACAUGGUGCAUUCCCUCCAGAAACCAUGGCAGAAGGCUACUUCAAGGCUUUUUUCCAGGAAGAGUAUCGACUAGGAAUGGGGGCAAAUGGAAGUGUAUAUCUUUGCCAGCAUGUUCUUGAUGGAGAACCACUUGGUCAUUUUGCUGUCAAGAAAAUUGCGAUAGGAGAGUCCCACUCUUACCUCCUUAACAUACUGCGCGAGAUCCGCCUUCUGGAAUCUCUUCACCAUAGCAAUAUAGUCACAUAUCAUCAUGCAUGGCUAGAAUCUUAUCAGUUCUCUGCUUUUGGACCGAAAGUGCCAACCUUACAUGUUCUCAUGCAAUGGGCGGAAGGCGGAAGUUUGGAUGAUUUCAUUGCCCUUCGCCUGGGACGUUCAAUUGGACUUCCGCACAUGCAAUCCUCUUCUUCGUCACCUGCCCCUGACGAUCCGACACCAUCUGCACGCAUCCGCGCAUUUCGUGCCAUGAAGCGCGCCCCACCAGAGGAACGCGAGCGGUUACGCCGAGAGAUGGAGGAAAGAACCAAUAGUCGCGGGAACCGUCCUUCAUGGAAAGCUGUUCAUCUUCUCAGUGCAGAGGAAGCGCGAAGUUUGUUCGCGGACGUAACGCAUGGCCUGGCCUUCUUGCAUGAUAAAUCUAUCCUUCAUUUAGACCUCAAACCUGGCAACGUGCUACUGACUUGGGACGAAGGAAGACUCAUCCCGCGAGCAAUGUUAUCGGAUUUUGGGACCUCCCGAGAUAUGGUACGGUCGACUGGCAUUCGAUCAGGUAAUACGGGAACUCUCGAAUACGCUUCGCCGGAGUCGCUGCCAUCUCCUCUUACAGGAGUUCUCCGACAGGUCGACUCAAAAGCUGACAUGUGGUCUCUCGGGAUGAUCCUGCACAAGAUGCUUUUCUUCAAGUUACCCUACCGCUACGCAACAGAAGGAGAAGCCAGUGCAUACGAUGAAGCUGACAAGAUGGACAAGCUGGAGCAGGAAAUAUUGGGCUAUACUGGAUUCCGAUCAACGUCCGCACUCGCAACGUCUUUCGAGUCCCGCCGUCUUCCGCGUUCGUUCCUGAUAUUGCUCGAGGGUCUUUUAAGCAUCAAUCCCUCUUUGAGACCCUCGUGCGAGCGCAUCGUGAGCGCCAUGCGAGAAGGACGAUUUGAUCCUGUGACGCCAUCCAUCCCUCCUGUCAACAAGUCUCUCAUCCCACUACGGCGAAAACCUAGCGAGACCGAGACCGUUCAGAACGGGCAAUCUCUUUCGGAUGCUUCUCUGAUUCCUACUGAGCACAGACAGGAAGACGUUUCUGAGGCGUUGGAUAGGAAAAGUCCCAUGCUUCGUCUCCCUUCUCCAAUUUCCGAUCGUCGGUUAGAUGCGGUAAACUGGAUUGUAGAGUAUCUCGCUUUCCUACGCUGGCGAUCACCGAAGAUCGUGUGGGUUAGCACGCUUAAAGCAUGUAUCCUCGCUGCGAAGGCAUUGUCGGCAGUUUCUAUGUGGCCCUCCCGCCCGGUCCUCCUUGCCCUCGUAGGACUUCUUGCCGUUCUAGAUACGAUGUUUGACGGUCUGGAAGCUACUUUGGUCCUUGGGGUGCUGCAUGUGGCGAUAAUCCGGUGGUGCUGAAUUGGAAUCUGAUGACCUAGGUGUUUCACGAGUCGCAUGUUCCUAUUCGUACAUGAUGAAGGUGGUAUGGCCGCUUCUAAUAUUGUGUGGCGCAGUUAGGUUCAGAAGUUGCUUUCGGUGAAAGCAUUGUAUAAUAUCGUACCACUGCACCAACCCUUUGUUAUAUGCGGCGCUUUUAACGUCUAAAGGUCAUUGAGUCACCACUGCCAAGCAAGAGUCGAUCAGCAACCGAACUGUGGAUGUCUGAUGCCGCAUCCCUUAUUCUCAACCAAGCCAU